GGAGCCGGAGUUUAUGUUUUACUUGUGACUGAGAGGGUGGUUCGGGGAGGGGCCGCAGAGGCGUGAUACAGGGAGCGGCCCCCGGUUCGCGGUCGCGGACUGCGGGCGCGUCUGUGCGAGAGCCUCAUCUGCACAGAGAGGAGACCAAGGAGCAGCAGGAACACACAGUCUCUAGAGCAGAGACAGGGAUGGCGAUCGGACCGUUUGGAACCGUAAAGACACAGUCUGCACAGAGCGGGACGCGCAGACCCGGGGCAGGCAGGACGCACGGCUGGGGCAGGCAGGAUGAAAACAGGAUGAGGUACCGGGCUAUGGCAGCUGGCGAGGGAGUCCGUGUCAUCAUGGAGACUGCCUUAACAGCCCGGGACCGGGUUGGGGUUCAGGAUUUUGUCCUGCUGGAAAACUACACCAGCGAGGCGGCCUUCAUCGAGAAUCUGCGCAAGAGGUUUAAGGAGAACCUCAUUUAUACGUACAUCGGUUCCGUCCUUGUGUCCGUGAACCCCUACAAGGAGCUGGAGAUCUACAGCAAACCGCACAUGGACCGUUACCACGGCGUCAGCUUCUACGAGGUGUCGCCCCACAUCUAUGCCAUCUCUGACAAUGUGUAUCGCUCGAUGCGGACAGAGGGGCGGGACCAGUGUAUCCUAAUCUCGGGGGAGAGCGGUGCUGGAAAGACUGAAGCUUCCAAGAAGAUACUGCAGUACUACGCCAUGACCUGCCCUGCCAGUGAGCAGGUGCAGAAAGUCAAGGACCGUUUGCUGCAGUCCAACCCUGUGCUGGAGGCUUUCGGGAAUGCCAAGACCCUGCGCAACGAUAACUCCAGCCGCUUUGGAAAGUAUAUGGACAUUCAGUUUGAUUUCAAAGGGGCGCCGGUUGGUGGUCACAUCCUGAGCUUCCUGCUGGAGAACUCCCGUGUCGUGCACCAGAACCACGGCGAGAGAAACUUCCACAUCUUCUACCAGAUGAUCGAAGGUGGAGAGGAGGAGCUGCUACAACGACGAGGAUUGGAGAGGAACCCACAGCAGUACCACUACCUGGUGAAGGGGAAAUGCCCAAGGGUCAGCUCCCUCAACGACCGCGACGACUGGAAGGCAGUGAGGAAAGCCCUGUCUGUUAUUGGCAUAAGUGAUGAGGAGGUGGAGGAGCUGCUAAACAUUAUUGCCAGUGUCCUCCACCUGGGGAAUGUUCAGUUUGGGAUGGAGGACAGUGGUGGGGUCUACAUCACCACAGAGACCCAGAUCAUGUCACAGCUGUUGGGUGUGGAAGGGACCCUCUUGAAUGAAGCCCUCACCUACAGGAAGAUCAUCACCAAGGAGGAGGAGCUCAUGAGCCCCCUGAAUCUGGAGCAGGCAGCCUCAGCGCGGGACGCCCUGUCCAAAGCGGUCUACGGACGCGCCUUUACCUGGCUGAUCAACAAGCUCAACAUGUCUCUGGCCUUCAGGGAUCCGGUCUAUCCCACCGGCAGGUGUGCUGCUGCCAUCGGACUGCUAGACAUCUACGGCUUCGAGGUCUUCCAGCACAACAGCUUCGAGCAGUUCUGCAUCAACUACUGCAACGAGAAGCUGCAGCAGCUGGUCAUCGAGCUGACGCUGAAGCAGGAGCAGGAUGACUACGUGGCCGAGGGCGUCACGUGGGAGCCUGUGCAGUACUUCAACAACAAGAGCAUCUGCGACCUGCUGGAGGAGAAGUUCAAAGGCAUCAUUUCAGUCCUGGAUGAGGAGUGUCUGAGGCCUGGGGAUGCCAGUGACAUCACCUUCCUGGAGAAGCUGGAGGUCACCGUGGGGGAUCACCCCCACUUUGUCACACACAAGCUGGCCGAUGGAAAGACCCGGAAAGCAAUCGGCAGAGAGGAGUUCAGGCUGCUUCACUAUGCCGGAGAGGUCAACUACAAUGUCAACGGGUUUCUGGACAAGAACAAUGACCUCCUCUACCGGAACCUCAAAGAGAUGAUGUGUCGUUCGGAGAACAGGAUCCUCACACAGUGCUUCGAGCGGGAUGAGCUGACUGACCAGAAGCGCCCUGAGACGACAGCAACUCAGUUCAAGUACAGCCUGGCCAAGCUGAUGGAGAUCCUGAUGUCCAAAGAGCCGUCGUACGUGCGCUGCAUCAAGCCCAAUGAUGCCAGGCAGCCAGGUCGCUUCGAUGAGGUGUUAAUCCGCCACCAGGUGAAGUACCUGGGCCUGAUGCAGAGCCUGAGGAUACGGCGUGCUGGGUUCGCUUACCGCCGUCGCUAUGAGGUCUUCCUGCAGAGAUACAAAUCGCUGUGUCCUGAGACUUGGCCUAACUGGCAAGGGCAGCUGGCAGAGGGCGUCGCCACCCUGGUCAGACACCUAGGGUACCAGCCUGAGGAGUACAAACUGGGCAGGUCAAAGAUAUUCAUUCGUUUACCAAAGACUCUGUUUGCCACCGAAGAUGCCUUGGAAGUAAGAAAGCAAAGCAUAGCCACAGUCCUACAGACCAGCUGGAGGGGCUACAGCAAGAGGUCCAAAUACCAGAAGCUGAGGAACGCAGUGAUCACCAUCCAGUCUUGGUGGAGGGGAGUUGUGGACCGGCGGAAGGCCCGGGUUCGAAAGCAGGCUGCCGACACCAUCCGCAGGUUUAUCAAGGGCUUCAUCUUACGCGAACAGCCACGGUGCCCCGAGAACGAGUACUUCCUGGCCAUCGUCCGCCACACGUUCCUCACGAACCUGAGGAAGAACCUGCCCAGAACUGUCCUGGACAAGAGUUGGCCCAGACCCCCGCUGGCUCUCACAGAGGCAUCCGAACAUCUGCGCAAACUCUGCAUGCAGAACAUGGUGUGGAGCUACUGCCGGAGGAUCCAGCCUGAAUGGAGGAACCAGAUGGAGCAAAAGGUGGUGGCUAGUGAGAUCUUCAAGGAUAAGGACAGCUAUGCACAGAGUGUUCCUAGGCUCUUUGUNUCAUCUCCCUCAGACAGUGAAGAUAUCAAGCCCAAGGUGUUGCAGGUACUGGGUGAUGACACAGUGCAGUAUGGCGUGGCUGUGACCAAGUAUGACCGGAGAGGCUACCGCCCACGCCAGCGCCAGCUCUUGCUUGGUCCCGCCUUUGCCGUCAUUGUGGAGGAGGCUAAGCUGAAGCAGCACAUCGACUACGAGACGCUCAUUGGCAUCUCCGUCAGCUCCCUAAGCGAUGGCAUUUUUGUUCUACAUUUGCCUUAUGAGGAGAAGAAGCAGAAGGGUGAUGUGGUCCUGCAGACUGAACAUGUUAUUGAGGCAGUGACCAAGCUAGCCAUCAGCGCUGACAAGGUCCACAGUGUCAAUGUCAGCCAGGACAGGUAAGGCAGUGCCAGAUUGUCUGUCACCUCCUGGGAUUGCAUGUCUGCACCCUAAAUCUGCUUGUGUGUCUGGUGUGCUGUGAUUGGCUGAUGUUGUCUCCCUAACCCUGCUUUUGAAUCACGAAGUGCCAUGAUUGGUUCAGGUGCUAAACAUAACCCUACUUGUGUGUACUGGUGUACUGUGAUUUGUUCAGGUUCAAACCCUAACCCUGCUUGUGUGUGUUGGUGCGCUGUGAUUGGCUGAUGUUGUCUCCCUAACCCUGCUUUUGAAUCACGAAGUGCCAUGAUUGGUUCAGGUGCUAAACAUAACCCUACUUGUGUGUACUGGUGUACUGUGAUUUGUUCAGGUUCUAACCCUAACCCUGCUUGUGUGUGUUGGUGCGCUGUGAUUGGCUGAUGUACUGUUUCCCUCCAGAGAUGGGUUGCAGGUCAUUAACUGGAUUUGUCGUUUUUCCAGUUUUCAUUCCAUCAAUUUUCCAGACAUGUUACUUUUUCUACAUU